CGAGCUCCCCCCCCCCUCCCUUGCGGUGGCCCCAGGGCCGGCUCCUCCUCUCAUCCGCCCAUUCUUCUCCUCGGCGUUUACUCCCGCCUGAAGCAGGCGCCGCUGUCGUCCUGCGUCCUCACCGAUGGCUAGGUGGGAUGAAAUUUUGACUCUUCCAGUUCAGAAUCCGCCCACACUGGAGUUUUCGGCAGCGGAUAUAAUGUGGUCCAGGGUGGAGGGCUGGAGGGACUCAAUGGACAGGCUUGCGCUUAUUCCAUUUUCAAGGGUGAAUGACUUUGUUCGAGGAGAAUCGAACAGCAAAGAAUGCCCAACAAGAUUUCAUGUUGAAGCACGGCGAAGGCGCCCACCAACAAUGAACUGCAAACCAAAAGUUGACGGGAUACUCGAGUAUAUUCUGUAUUGGUGUUCUUUUGGUCCAGAUGAUUAUAGAAAGGGUGGCUCUGUCCGCCCUAGCCGGAACUGUUCAACAAAGAGGAAAACACCUGCUGGUCGCCCUCAUACAAAGAGGGGGUGUAUUUGCCAUUUCAUUGUGAAGCGUUUGAUCGCUGAACCAUCUGUGGCUCUCGUGAUAUAUAACCACAAUAAGCAUAUAGAUAAGAAAGGAAACCCUUGCCAUGGUCCCAUGGACACCAUGGCUGUAGGGACGAAGGCAAUGUUUGCACCUUACAUAUCAGAUGAACUUCGUCUUCAGAUUAUGUCUUUGCUCUGUGUUGGUAUUCCAGUGGAGACCAUAAUGCAGAGACAUACAGAAAUGGUCAAAAAGCAGGGAGGUCCAUCAAACCGAGAUGAUCUUCUUACUCACAGAUAUGUUAGGAGGUUGGAAAGGAAAAUACGUCGUUCGGUUUAUGAACUUGAUGAUGAUGAUGCUGUUAGCAUUAACAUAUGGGUUGAAAAUCACCAAGAGUAUAUAUUUUUAUACGAGGACUUUUCAGAUACGGAGACUUUUAUCGUGGGCAUCCAGACAGAUUGGCAGCUCCAGCAGAUGAUUCAGUAUGGCAACCGUAGUUUAUUGGCUUCUGAUUCAAGGUUUGGAACAAACAAACUAAAGUAUCCUGUACACAGCCUCCUUGUUUUCGACCAACAGAAAAAUGCAAUUCCUGUUGCUUGGACCAUAACUCCGAAUUUUGCACAUGGUGAAACAUAUAGAUGGAUGGGUGCUCUUUAUGAUCGAGUUCGUACAAAAGAUCCAACAUGGCAGUUGGGUGGCUUUAUUAUUGAUGAUCCAUUAGCAGAUGUGCGCACAAUAAAGGAAGUAUUCCAAUGCCCUGUGCUGAUUAGCUCAUGGCGCAUAAGGCAUGCUUGGCACAAAAAUUUAAUGAAGAAGUGCCCAGAUAUUGAGAAGCGUCCAAUGGUGGCUAAGCGACUUGGGGAGCUAAUCUGCAAUAUCUGCAGAGGAAAUGGUGGCAUGGAAUUAUUUGAAGCUUUUCUGGAAGAUUUUGUUGAUUGUUCUAGUUUUUUGGACUACUUCAGAGCUCUAUGGUUUCCAAGACUUGGGGCAUGGAUAACCAUGUUGAAAACCACCCCAUUGGCAACAGUGGAGGUUGCUUCAGCAAUCGAGAGCUACCAUCACCUCCUAAAACUCAGGCUGUUGAAUGAGGCCAAUGAAAGAGUCUAUCACCGUGCAGAUUGGUUGGUUCAUAAGCUGGGGACAAAGGUCCAUUCCUACUACUGGUUGGAUGAAUAUUCUGGCAAGGACAGCUUUUCGCGUUACUGGAGGAGUGAGUGGAAAAGUGGCCUAAAUCCAUGGCAGCAGGGAUUGCAAAUCCCAGAUUCUGAUGUUGUUGUCGAAGGCAAUUGUGCCAGAGUGGUCUGCCAGAAAAACAAGGAGAGGUCUCAUGUAAUAGUGAAUCCAGGUUCUGAUAUUGCAUUGUGUGAUUGUAGCUGGUCCAUUAAGGGAAACAUUUGCAAACAUGCAAUUAAGUCGACUAAAGUGUCCCGCCAAAGGGGACUAGCACCACCAUCAUUGGCACUAUUUCGAUAUUACCAGGCACUGGCUAAUGUUGUUCAUUGCCCACCCAGUGAUACUUUGAUUAAUGAUCAUGCAGUUUCUGUUGCAGUUUUUGUUAGGGCACAGUUAUAUUCGCUGUUGGAUGCAACCGGUGGUAAUUCUUCAAGGUCAACUUUCGAGGAUCCGCAUUCAGUAACUGAGCCAAGAGAAUCUGAUGUACAAGAAGCCAGCAUUGAGAAUGGUGUAUGUGCAAGUCAAUCUCAGGCUGAGUCUGGUGAUGAAGCUUCUGCAGAGCAGAAUGGUGAUCUAGACCUUCCUGUUUCCAAGAAAAGAAAGAUUAGGGAACAAUCUGAUGAAGGUGGCCCUAUGGCGAUGCACACCACACAACCUUCUGAGACUGAAAGCAGCCAAGCAACUGAUCUGCAGGAACCUCUUGAUCGUCAGGAGAGUCCUGCUCGCAAGAAACUAAAGUUGCUAGAAGCUUCUGAUAAGGAAAAAGCUAAUGCAAUGCAAGAGAACCAUCCUUCUGAAACUGAAAGUAGCCCUUGUAAUUGAUCAGCAGGGACAUCUGCAUCAUCAGGAUAGUCCCAUUGACAGGAAAACGUCUGGAGAAGCUUCUGAUGGCGAGGAAACUACGGCGACGUAAGUCACUGAACCUUCUGAAAGUAACUGAUGAACCGAAUGAUUCGUCUGCUAGAUUAGAUGUUGUAGGUGGUCCAUAUGUCACGCCUUUAUGAGCUUAGGGUAUUCUUUUGUCUGAAGUUCCCCAGAAUAUUGGGAGGUCUCUAUAUUUUGAGCUACCUAACACAUCAGUUUUUGGGUGAUUCAAUUGUUGAAUUAUUUAGCUGAUACAUCUGUUAAGUCAUGAAUGGAAAGGCAAUAAUGUAGUUUAUGACCAGAGACGUGGGGAUAUAACUCAGUUUUCUUUAUUUUUUUAAGGCUUGCAUGCGGCAUUGAUGAACGAGAAGUGAAAUCAUCAUACUAAAAAGCCAAUUUUAAUUAUUGAAUUCAACAGU